GAUCGCCUACUCGGAUCAAGUUGUUGCCGGAUUGCCGUCUAUUCUAACUUCCAGAACUUCAAGUCUACACUCCUUUUACAGUGUACACUUUUGGCCUUCAUUCGAUGAGGAAGACUGAGGUCGGUUCCAUUCGCUCAAAAGGACGUAAAGCUGCCUCACAGGAACUUGAAGAAGUCCCCUCUGCAGUAGUCUUCUCAAUUAUUUUGAAACUUAAAUCGCAAGUCCCGACGCGAAAUUUCACCCCUCCGUCGGGGUAUAUUUUCACAAUUUAAAUGGCGCAAGCCCCAGUUCAUGAUCAUUCUUCCACUGCGACUGGUUCUCUCUCGCUAGCAGGUCUAGUCUCGACUUCGCGGUUUGGUCUGAUUUAACAUGCUACUCACAUACGGCCUUCUCUUAUUCUUAUAUGUCUUUGCCCAACUCGUCUCUGGAGCUCCUCUUCCUUCCAAAAGGAAUCUCGUCUCUAUCCGUAACGAUCUGGAUCCUUUGGCCAACAGCAAGACAAUUUCGGACAACCUGGAGUUUGCCUCGUUGCACAAGUAUCCGGACCCAGAUUCCGCUUCGGUCGUGUUAUCUACGGACAAAUUUCUCAGCAUGAACAGAGGAUCGGACUAUUUCGCUAGGAAACCCGCUAUGGAAUUUUACCCAGCCGACUUUGAGCGCAGCGACGUCGAUGAAAUUUCGGCCAUGGAUGACAAUGAAUCCAUGCUUCCAGAAGGCGAGACAGAUCUGGUUAUCCGUUCUCGCAACGACUUGGCUAUACAUGCUCGUACUGUGGAGUCCCUUCAGACAGCCGGUAAAGGAAUGCAGUCAGCCGGCGAAAUUAUGGGUAAAGUCGCUAAAGCGGCCGACGCCAUACCUGAAGUGGGGGAGAUCAUUGGGACGGCCAUUCAAGUCGUGGCUACUUUCGUGAAAUACAUUGGGAAGCUUUUGAAUGAAGUAGCGGAAGCUGAGAAAGAGUCUGCUCAUGCCCGUGGAGAGUUUACGAAGAAAGUUACAGACCAGACUUUGAAAGAGCAUCCUGGAUGGCUUAUAGUCACCGUCCAUCCCAAGCACACCGUCUUCUUUCAAGGCCAGGAAAACAUCGACUGGGCUCAUGAUAAAACUCAUAUCACAACCAAAGUCGGCUUUUUCGAAUUCGAUGUUUACAGUGCUCGCGCCGGCAUUUUCAUGAACGAUGGUGAUGGUGGAUAUCAGAAUUGGGCUUUUUCUGCCCCGCAGAAUAAACUUCAAACAUAUGGCGAUCAAGGACAUCGUCUAGUUUACACAGGUGGUCCGCCCAAAAAUUCGAAACCCAAGUCAGGCAAUUGCGGUAUCCACCUUUAUCAGUACCAGAAGAAUGAAAAAAGAUCCAAUCCGACCAACCACUAUACGCUUGUUGUGGUCAUCAAAGAUGCAGCUGGGACCAUCGUAGGGUUUGAAGGGAACGGUGAUACAUCCAAACCAGUACUCGUUCGCAGUCAGUUGCCUCUGGCCCUUCAGAUUACUGCGGGCGAGAAGGAUAGCUCGCCCUUGACCUUCACGUACGGCAAGGACACGUGGAAAAGCAACGUCAAGUCCCACUGUACGGUGGGAUCGUAUGCGUCUGGCAGUAGGCAGAUGGAUUGCGGUUUCCAAUGUACCUUUUAAAUAGGUCAAUCAACGACGAGUCGCGUUCCUGUCCGCGAAAUGUGCGAUUUUCAGUCUUCCGACGAAUGCGUGUCGAGCUCCUCCAGAUUAGAUAAUGGAUCUCGGACAAAGGAUUCCAGGGCUGGUCCAGGGAACGUCCGCUACCAUAUCUGGUCACAUUCAGUAUUAAUACCUGCCUGGUGAUUGGAAGGAGGGACUGGGGCCAAGUGUCACCAGACUGGGUUUUCAUCUUGAUGUACCAUAAUCUUUUGCUGGAAAACACGAUUAUGACUCUUAGUUCGGCUUCGGACUUGGAUUGUCGUUAUCACUUGUUACAGUAAUCACACCAGAAGGAGAAAAAAUUCCGCUCGACGGAAUUACCAAAAUUCAGUGCAACUGAUAUAUCAUGUGACCGCGGAUAA